AUGAUUGUUCAGUUGGACAAAAAAGUAAUUGAAGGAAUUGCAGCUGGGAAGACUGAGUGGAAUGACAAGAGGAUUCUUAAAAUUUGGUGCAAGUACAAAGUAACAACUGUUCUUCAAAAUGUAACUCAAGAAAGAAAUUUCUCAGCUGUCAUCAAUGGAACUGUUGUAACUUCUUUGCAGAAUGUCACACGAUUGGAAAAUAUUUCUGUUGAAACAAAUUCUGAAAAGUGUUACUGUCUGCUGAGUUAUAUUGAGUGGAGUGACACCAUAUCUGGAGCUAUCCUCUUAUUCGUAUCGUUAUUUCUGCUUGUGAUAUGCCUCAUGGGAAUGGUCCGUUUGUUACAUUCCAUGUUACGGGGGCCAGUUGCAUCGGCUCUGAAAAAGACAAUCAACUCUGACAUUCCAAAACCGUUUUCUUUUCUGACUGGCUACGUAGCCAUUAUCAUUGGGGCUGGUCUCACAAUGAUACUACAAAGCAGCUCCAUCUUCACCUCCACGCUGACCCCACUUGUUGGCAUGGGUGUGAUCCAUAUUGAACGAAUGUACCCAUUGACCCUGGGUUCAAACAUUGGAACAACAGCUACUGGUCUUCUGGCGGCAAUGGCAACUUCAGGAAACAGAUUCCGGGCAGCUUUACAAAUUGGACUCUGCCAUUUUUUGUUUAAUGUCAGCGGCAUCCUCCUGUUUUAUCCAAUUCCAUUUAUGCGCAAGAUUCCUAUAAACUUGGCAAAGAAGCUGGGAAACACAACUGCCAAAUAUCGUUGGUUUGCCAUCCUUUAUUUGGUGACAGCUUUUUUCUUCCUUCCUGCAUUUGUCUUUACUCUUUCACUGGCUGGUGCCGAGGCAAUGAUUGCAGCUGGUGUCAUCCUUUUGCCUUUUAUCACCUUUGUUAUUAUUGUUAAUUUCCUCCAAAAAAAGUACAAUAAACUUUUACCAAAAAUGCUGAAGAACUGGGAUUUCCUUCCCCUUUGGCUGCACUCUUUAGAACCUUUAGACAAAUUCAUCACAAAAUGUACAGGAAUUUGUAAAUCCUGCCAAAAAAAAUUGGAUCGUUCUGUACCUCCCCCUGUUGUGCUGACCCCUUUUGCUAUCCAAGGUGACAUCAGUCCACUCAGCUCUCGUCAAAGUGAAAACGGAAGCCCAGUCAGUUCACGUUCCACAUCUCUAUUAAUACAAAGGACUACAACUUUAUAA